GCGGCUUGGUCUAAGCCGUCCGGCUUCCGCCAGUGCAUCAACUGGUGCCGAGGCGUCCUCGACCUGGUCGUGGAAGAUGACUUCCUGUCCAGCCCACGCGUAGUGGGCAUUUGUAAGGGCAUGGAGUCCAGGGCGCCCCCGCCUAAGCGGGCGCCCUGUCUCACGUUUGAGGAGGUGCUCUUUAUAGAGGCGCUGGCAGCCGCCGGAGAAAACGUCCAAGAUGUGGUCAUCGCAGGGGCCGUGCUCUUUAUGUUGUUCGCGAGCGCCCGCGCAAGCGACGCAGCCAGGGCCGUGUCCCUGUACCUAGACUUUUCCGAUGCUGACGGUUCCACCAUGUGGAUGGAGAGUGAGGUCAAGAAAAGUAAAACGGCUAUGGGGGCUAGGGACUCAGCCUCUGAGAAGCUCAGCGAUGACGAUAUGCCGGCUGAUGCGCCCCUGCUGGCUGCCCGGGAGCGCCGCCCCGUCAUUGCAUGCAUUCCACACUG